CACAGAGAGCUUUUACUCACACAGUGUUAUGCUCUGCUUUGUCUGUGUAUAGCUCUAGCGAGGAUCGACACAAGCCAAUGCAUUGAUCGUGUGACAGAUGGGCUUUUGUGUGAAAUCUACGAGUCACCACCAACAUGACCUCCAGCGUCACACGUAGAGUAUUGCGUGCGGGUGGGAGUUGUCUGGUGAAACGCAUUGUUGUGUUGGGGGAUGAGCCGUCCGUGUUGCUGCUAUUUGCUCCUGUGGCUAGCGAGUUUCUCUAGCCUAUGAAUGGUCCACAAAGCUACUAAUUGUUUGUUCUCUGUUGCAUUGAAUACCGAAACUCCGCAGGCACCAUGCAGGCGUGUUUCUUAUUUUAAUAGCGACCCCAGUAUCGUUGGAUGAGAACACUGUGUACGGAAUUAGAGCCACUUAGCAGGCCGUAUCGCCAUUGCUUUGUAAGGCUGCUGGCUAGCUACCGUCUUCCUCAACUAGCAAAACUGUUCGUGAAUCCGAGCAACACGGAGCACCAAGAUGAAGAAGAAAGCUCGGCAGCACCGGGUUGCGGUGCCGCAGAGGCCGUCGUCUCCCAUCAUGCCUUCUCCCAACAAGCAGAUCCUGACGUACGCCCAGGCGCAGAGCAUGGUGGAGUUCGAUCUCGAUGGCCGCCUCCAUCGAAUCAGCAUAUACGACCAGCUGGACGUGAUCUCAGAUGAUGACCCCAUGGUGCAGGAGAUGAUGGAGUGCACCAGCAAUAAGGAGAAUGCUGAGAAACCGCAGCAGGUCCUCCUGAGGUCUGUCCGGUUAAAAAACAACCAGGAGAAGAGAAACGCUGCGCUGGGCAUCACCAGUCCUGGACAUGGAGGUGGACAUCAGCCUGCUGCCAAUACUGGUCCAAAACUCAAUGAGCCUAAAUUUCGUAAUGUGGAAUAUAAUCUUCCAGCAGUUCCUAAGCGCUCAUCCGCCUUUUAUAAAUACGCAGAGAAGACAGAGGAAGAGCUGGACGAGGACACGGAGUACGACAUGGACGAGCAGGAUUAUGCCUGGUUGGAUUUGGUGAAUGAGAAACGGAAAAGCGAAGGGGUCAGUCAGGUCUCUCACAACGUCUUUGAGUUUCUUGUCGAUCGCUUUGAGAAAGAGUUGCACUUGGAGAGUUUGGACCAAGGCAGUGAAAAGCACACUCCCAUUGACGAGGACGCCGUCUGCUGCAUCUGCAUGGACGGAGAGUGUCACAACAGCAACGCUAUCCUGUUUUGCGACAUGUGCAACGUGGCCGUGCACCAGGAAUGUUACGGUGUGCCGUAUAUUCCUGAGGGCCAGUGGCUUUGCAGACACUGCCUUCAGGUACCCACCCAGCCUUCAGACUGUAUCCUCUGUCCUAAUAAGGGGGGAGCACUGAAAAAGACAGUAGAUGAGCGCUGGGGCCACGUGGUGUGCGCCCUCUGGGUCCCUGAGGUCGGCUUCACCAACACCACCUUCAUCGAACCCAUAGACGGUGUCAGCCACAUUCCUCCCGCCCGCUGGAAGCUCACCUGCUACCUCUGCAAGGAGAAAGGUGUGGGGGCGUGCAUCCAGUGCCACAAAGCCAACUGUUACACCGCCUUCCAUGUCAGCUGCGCCCAAAGGGCCGGCCUCUUUAUGAAGAUGGAGCCGAUCAAGGAGGUAACGGACACUGGGGAGCCCACGUUUUCUGUGAAGAAGACGGCAUACUGUGGAGCGCACACACCAAACGGGUGUGUAAGGAGGCCUCUAACAAUCUACAAUGAGGCCAAACCCAAAAACGGACUAUGUAAGAAAGUGGACAAAGGGAGAGGUGCGGGGAAAGGAUCGUCUAAAGGAAAGAAGAAGAGUAAGAAGCCUGAAGCUGAAGCUGAGAGUGAAGCUGUGACUCCUGCUGCUGUGCCUACGUUUCCCGCUCACAGGUUACAAACCAUUCUCAACCAGGUGUCGGUUCAGAAGAAAAAAGCUUUCGUGGAGCUGGCCCUAAAUUACUGGACACUAAAGAGGCAAUCCAGGAACGGGCUCCCCCUCAUCAGACGCCUCCAGACGAGCAUGCAGUCUCAGAAGAAUACGCAACCGAAGCAGAAUGAGGAGGAGAGCAGGGCGCUGAAGGAGCAGCUGAAGGAGUGGCAUCGUCUCCGACACGACCUGGAGAGAGCGCGGCUGCUGCUGGAGCUGAUCCGCAAGAGGGAGAAGAUGAAGAGGGAGGAGAUUAAACUGCAGGAGAGCCUUCUAGAGAUCCAGUUGUGUCCGUUCAGUAUUUUGCUCAAAGGGCUAUUGGACCAGCUCCAGACAAAAGACCAGGCCAAGAUCUUCACACAGCCGGUCGACAUCAGCCAGGUGCCUGACUACCCCUCCCACAUCAAGCACCCGAUGGACUUCUCCACCAUGAGGCAGCGCAUCGACGCUCAGGCCUACAACAACUUUGAGCAGUUUGAGAACGACUUCAACCUCAUUGUGGAUAAUUGCAUGAAAUACAACUCAAAGGACACUUAUUUCUACCGGGCGGCCGUUCGCCUCCGAGACCAGGGCGGGUCCCUGCUGAGGAAGGCCCGGAGAGACGUGGAGAUGAUCGGCUUCGACUCGGAAAGUGGCAUGCACCUACAGGAAGCUCCGGAAAUCAAAGCAGAAAGAUCCUUUUCCUGGGAGGACGUUGACCGCCUACUAGUACCAGCCAAUCGGAUGCAUCUGUCUCCAGACAAACAGCUGCAGCAACUGUUGGAGAAGUUUGACCUGACCUGUGCCAUGAAGUCCAGCCCCUCCCGCAGCAAGCGCUUAAAGCUGCUCAAGAAGACCAUCAACGAUGUGCGCAAUGAAAUGAGCCUGAAGAGGGUCCUGCCCUCCCACCAUCAUCACCACCAUCACCACCACUCUUCCUCCUCCACAACCCCCUCCACAUCAGCGUCAUCAACCGCCUCCCACCCAGAGUUGAGUAAACCUAAAGAGGAGACAUCGAAGCCCAAUGGGCACUUUCCAGAUGAUGAGGGAGAUAAGUCUCUUCCUCCGAAACUGGAGCCUUCGGACUCAAUCCCCCACCACAUCCAGUCAGACUCAGACCCGGGGCCCCCCACCCUCAAACCAAUAGACUCCGCUCCGGAUCGUGAAGAAAAGCCUCACAGCAAACGCCUCAAGUUCGACAGGGAACUCCCAGACCUGCUCUCUUCCGCCCCGCGCCUCAACGGACACUCCCACAGCCGACUCCACAGCUCGCUGCUGGACGGAGACGUGAGCGUUGUUGCCACGUCGACGGUCGCAGAGCCCACGGGCACGGUGAACCGCCGGACCGCCGUGCUCUUCCGCAAAUCGAAGACCACCAGCCCACGCAAACUCCCGAGGAACGAGGAGGAGGAGAACGGCGACAGAAAAAGGGCCGAGCAGCAGCAGCAGCAGCAGGAAGAAGAGGAGGAGGAUGACAUCGAAGACCUGGGCUCCAAAUCCUUCCUGUCGGUGGUCAUACCCAGGCUGGAGACGCUGCUCCACAGCAAGAAGAGGAGGCGCAGCAGGGAGGAGGUAGAGGCGGGAGGCGACAAAGGAAAGUGCCCUAUGAAACGCCUUGAUACCGGCUUAACUAGCAGGUUUCUGGAGGAGGAGCAGGAGCUGGAGGAGUCGAGCAGAGCCAGCGUCGCCGUGGAGCCACGGCGACGCUGCGCCUCCGAGUCCUCCAUCUCCUCCUGUAGCAGCCUGCCAGGCAGCACCAGCACUAUUCUCAGUCUUCCUAAAUGUGGGAAAGGGAAACCCGCCUUGGUCCGGAGAAACACUGUGGACGAUAAGAGCGAGUUAAUCGCAUGUAUCGAAACAGGGAACUUUGCAAAAGCUGCACGAAUCGCUGCAGAGGUUGGCAACAGCAAUAUCUGGAUGCCCGCUAGUGCUGCAACAGUUGCACUGGAACCCCUGAAGCUAAUCUGGGCCAAAUGUAGCGGAUACCCUUCCUACCCUGCCUUGAUCAUCGACCCCCACAUGCCGCGCGUGGGCUGCCAGCACAACGGGGUGUCCAUCCCCAUGCCCCCCAUGGACGUGCUCCGCAUCGGAGAGCAGAUGCAGUACAAAGCCGAAGAGAAACUCUACCUCGUCCUCUUCUUCGACAACAAGCGCAGCUGGCAGUGGCUCCCUAGAUCCAAGAUGGUUCCUCUGGGCAUGGACAAGACCAUAGACAAAAUCAAAAUGAUGGAGGGACGCACGUCCAGCAUACGCAAGGCUGUCCAGAUCGCCUACAGCCGCGCCAUGAACCACCUGAGCAUCGUGCAGGACGAGCCCGUCAGCGACCUCAGUGACGUGGACUGAUGAUACUGUCUCACACACACACACACACACACACACACACACACACACACACACACACACACACACACACACACACACACACACACACACACACACACACACACACACCAUGU